AUGAGUGACCUCCAGAAAGCCUGGGCCAAGAACCGCCUUAGUGCCAUGCCCCUUGAGACCUUCGACGAGCGCGAAGAAGAGGGAGAGGAAACCGGCACCGUCUCCGAGCUACCAGAGCAUGUCGAUGACGACUCCUCGUCGGCAUCGUCCGCUUCUUCUACUGGCACCGUAAUCCCGUCGCCGAGUCAGAAUCUCUUUGCCAGACCACAGGGCAUACCACGAGGACGGACGCUGCAGCCUAUCCCAUGGAUUACCUACUUCGAGAGGGAACUAUUCCUCCGCGACGAGGACAGUCCGACAAGCCCGACUAUUCAUGCUUAUCUCACCUCACCCGUCGAUAAGGGGCCCCUAUUCGUGAUGCACCACGGUGGCGGCGCCUCGGGGCUCUCGUUCGCUGUAGUAGGCGACGAGAUCCGGAAGCGGCUUCCAGCUGCCGGUAUCCUCUCCCUGGACGCCCGAGGGCACGGCUCGACCACGAUCCCCGAGGGCGAGGACCUCGACUGGCGGCUGGAGACCCUAGCGGCCGAUCUACUGUCCGCCAUCGUGGCCACGGAAAAGGAGAUGAAGUGGGCACAGCUGCCGUCCAUCAUCCUGGUGGGCCACUCCAUGGGCGGCGCCGUCGUCACCGAGCUGGCAAAGUCCGGCAAGCUGGGCAACGCGCUGCUGGGCUAUGCGGUCCUGGACGUCGUCGAGGGCUCCGCGAUCGACGCCCUGCAGCACAUGCAGACCUACCUGUCGACGAGGCCGACGGGGUUCCCGUCCGUCGAGUCGGGCAUCGAGUGGCACACGCGAUCGAGGACGAUCCGCAGCUCCAUAUCGGCACGCACCAGCGUACCGUCCCUCCUGCGGUUCGACGAGCAGCCGGGCGACGCGAGGCCCUGGAAGUGGAGGACCGACCUAGGGGCGACCCAGCCGUAUUGGGAGAACUGGUUCGUGGGGCUGAGCAAGAAAUUCUUGGAAGCCAGAGGUGCAAAGCUCCUGAUGCUUGCCGGGACGGACAGGUUGGAUACCGAGCUGACCAUUGGCCAGAUGCAAGGGAAAUACGCACUACAGGUAUUUCCAGAAGCAGGCCAUUUCAUACAUGAAGACAUGCCGGAGAAGACGGCUGUCUCACUUGUGGAUUUUCACCGACGCAACGAUAGAAGCGCCAUGGUGCUCCCACCCAAAGUAUCUGAUCUUCUUAGACAGGGAAAGAGGGUCUGA